UGUCUUGGAAUCUCCGCUUCGCCUACGAAUUUCAUUUGACGUAGCGCAAGGCAUGCGUUACCUUCACGAAAGCGCGGCGAAGCCUGGAUCUGAACAGUCACAAUAUUCUCAUUCCAUCCUCGAUGGUCGAGCUGUCGUCGCCGAUUUUGGCGAAAGCCGCUUCAUGUGCCAAACUGAUGAGGAAAACAUGACCAAGCAACCAGG